AUGUCAGCCCUCAAAGACCAGCACAGAUACCGAUCUGUGGACCCCAAAACCCGGCCUCCACGUCCAGUCCAACAACCCGCUCCUCGUCUCCCCAAGGGGGUGGAUGAUAUCCGGAAGACGAAGGAGUACAAGGCUGCUGCACGGAGAUGGACAUCGACUAUUGUCGGACUUCCAAUUGUAAUGUACACAUCGUGGAUUCUUUAUGAGCGACUCUAUGGUGGCAAAAGUCCCAAGCGGCUUGGAGACCAGGUGCAGAAGGAUUAA